AUGCCCGCCCCCCUUCGAUUCGAAUAUACACUCACACCCGUCGAGGAACCGUCGAGCGAGCAAGAUGAUCCGUGGAAGGGCAGGAACGUCGUCGAUGUCGAAACGGGAGGAGAACGUGGCUCCAAUGUCAGCAACGGUCCCUCGGGAUCAUCAUCAUCUUCUUCUUCUUCUUCUUCUUCAUUCCCCUCCAAGUCGAAGGUCGACGGCGAAAAGAGCGGCAACGACUCCAAGUCGAGGAUAUGGCCUUGGGGCACCAAGUCGGGACGCAGCAGGUCUUGGACCUGGUGGUCCGACCUCGAUCAAGAUCCAAAACCCACAACCAUGCACGCGGACUGGAAGCCGCUAUCCAUGACGACGCCCAUCCUCCUGGCCGUCACCGUCGCCUCCCUCCUCAUGGUGGCCGCCAUAGAGCUCCUCGCCCAGAGGAGCGGGAGGCAGGGCGGCCUGGCACUCUCCCCCUCCCUCGACGACAUCCCCUCCUACGCCACCAUCUCGGCCCAGUACGUGCCCCAGCUGCUCGCCGUCCUGUACAGCCUCGUCUGGAGCUGGAUUGACCUGGAUGUCAAGCGCAUGCAGCCGUGGUACGAGCUGGCCAAGCCCGCCGGCGCCUCGGCCGCGGAUUCGCUGUUCCUCGACUACCCUUUCACCUUUGUCGCUUCGGUCCCCUUUAUCGCCGGGCGUCGGAGGUACGUCUCCGCUCAGCUGGGAACCGGCUCCGUCAACCAUUCGAGCUACCUCGAGCUGGUCAACCGAUCUGAGCUGGUCCCGGUGGCUCAGCAGGAGGACCUCCUCGGACCCGAGGUGCUCAACCUGAUGUACCCGAUUUCAUGGCUGAACCAGUCCUAUCCGGAAUUCAUGCUCCCGGACAAGGCCUUCCUCCCAUUCUACCCGGAAGAGUCGUCCAAUCUCACCGCCAUCCAAGGGACGAAUCUGACGGCGGCUACGACCCAAUUGUGGACGGAACUGGACUGCUGGCCAGCCGCAGACAUCUCGGUGCAUGGUGGAAACGGAAGUAUCGGCAACUCGACCUUUGACAUUGACAGCGGAAGAGGUUGCAAGACCAACAUGGCCAUCCCAAUCGCCGAAGGAUACUCAAUGUUAUACGUGGGAUACUACAGCAGCCCGUACUCCGAUUUCUAUCUGGGAACCACCGACUGUCCCGAAACACCUGACCACAAGCAUCAGUUCCUCGCCAUCUGGGCCCAUGCGACGGGGGACCUCGAAUACUGGAACUCGGCAAGCAACGUCGACAUCACCGGCGCCUUCUGUCAGCCAAGGUACUUCAAGCAAGAAGUCCUCGUCACGGUCGACGCUAGCACGCUGAGGCCGUAUCGAGGCUCUGCGAAGCCGUUGGGUGCUCAGGAGACUCUCGCCGACUCCGAAUUCAACAGGACCGCUUUCGAGUUUCUUCUGGGGAAUGGGAUGAGCGAGACGAUGAAGACACGAGACUAUCCCUUCAACUUCGUCGUGGAACAACAUCCAAAACUCGAGGGGCGCGACCUGAUCCAACCCGUAUCCAACAUGGUCGGCUUCGCUCUGGCAGGCCAGGAGCUGAACACGACAGAUUAUGCGGACCAGGAAACGCUCCAGCGAGCAUACAACGAUGCCCAUCAGCACCUAUUCUCUGUCGCGGUCAACCAGCUCCUGGUGAACGGCACCGAGCUCGGCAAUUCCACCGCAACAGCCACACGUCCGAUGAGCGGAAUCAUUGUGAGCAGGGCAAUCUCGGCAGCCCUGGAAGCCCUCCUCGUUGUGGUGGCUAUCGCUACAGCCUUGAUUCUCUGGCUGGCCAGGUCGACGAGGUCUAACCUGCAUGCGAACCCAUCCUCCAUCGACAGGAUUGCCGACAUCGUCCGGGAGAGCCCGGAGCUAGCGGAUUUCUUCUGCUCCAUCAGUCACGCCGACGAGGACUCCAUCGUCAAGGCGACUGAAGGCAAGAAAUUUCGACUCAUCCGAGACAACCCAGCUACGGCCCCGCGGAUCAUCGUGGACAGCUCUGUCGAUCCCGCAGAGAAGCAAGAUUCCGAAGCAUCAGAUGGAUAUUAUGUCCCCGUAAGACCACUGUUCCUGCGAAUCGAGAUCGGAGUCGCUUUCGUAAUAGCGGUUCUAGGUGUCAUAGGUGGAUUGGGUUAUCUGAAAUGGGCAGAGGUUCAUUUCCACGGACUUCAACGACCGUCCACAAAUCAGGAGGUCCAGCAGAUACUCGAGAACUACAUACCAACUGUUCUGUCGACCAUGAUUGAGCCCUUCUGGAUCCUGAUCAACCGCCUUCUCUGCGUCCUACAGCCCUUUAACCAACUCUGGCAAGGGAAAGCCAGGCCGAAACAGUCUGUAUCCGCCACUUACACCUCUAUACCGCCUCAGUUUGCCCUCUGGAGAUCCCUUAAGUCAGGGCACGUCUUUCUCAGUACGGUCUGCAGCGCCGUCUUCCUAGCCAAUGUCCUGACCAUCAGUCUCCCGGCCGUCUUCACCGAGCGUGUCGUCACUGCCCGAUACUCAGAGACAUUUCACCCGACAGUUUCCGCCCAGUUCAACAACAAUUCUGUACAUGAGCUCCCGACAUACCUGCUCAACUCUCUCAUCACGACCAGCCAGUACAGCGAUCACGCCUACUCCCUUUUGUCGAAUAUCUCUCAGAAUACCCCUUUGCUCCCAUGGACAUCCCACGAUUACUUCUUCCAGCCGUUCGAGAUCACGCAGACGCGGAAAAACAUGACAGUGGACUUUUACAGCAUACGCACUCGAGGCUUCGGCAUCCGAACCAACUGCACACCUGUGGCCCCCCAAGAACGAUCGUUUGAACAGGCUGCCGAGCCGGUGGCGAGUCCUAACGCAUCAUUCUGCGGCGACGAUUUGAAGAUUGCCACUGGCAAAAUGUACGACGAGACCUACCGGUCAUCUUCCGGUGUCUCCGCCGUCGAGUACCUCGACGUCACCACGGGAGGCAAGGUUCCAUCGUGCGAUAGGACAGUGACGUUUGGCUGGGCCCGAGCGCAAAAGGCGGAAGAUCUGAACGCAACGAUCCGCACCAGCUUCGCCAUCUGCGUCCCCAUCUUCGAAACCGCCUUGUUCGACGUCGACGUCGACCCUGCCGGCUACGUUCAGGGAUAUACACGGGCCGGGAAACUCGAGUCCACGCUGGACUACCCCAACUCCGAUGACCACAUCGACGCCAUGGUUGCCAGCUCCAACGGCAUCAUCGGGAGCGGGGUGACCAGGUGGCACAACGACACCCUGACCCGGGAUUGGAUCAGCCAUCUGGUCAUGGUCAAGACGGGCUCCAGGGCAGAUCUGGACCCGCAGUUGGACGUCCCAAACCCGGAAGACGUGAUCCCCAACAUCGACCCGAUAUUCCGCACCCUGUUUGCCCUGCUGCUGGCGCUGAACAGGGAUUACCUCUUCACGUCGGCGGGCAAGGACGAGGCCAUAGGUGGCGAGCGCCUUGUUGUACAGACGCGCCUGUUUAUGGAUCAGGCCGCCUUGACGACCAGCUUCGUUCUCCUGGCUGUCAAUGUCGUCAUCGCCGUCUUCCUCUACUCCCGCAAAGCGCCCUUCGUUCUGCCCCGGAUGCCGACGACCUUGGGGUCCAUCAUCACCUACAUUGCCCCAAGUCGACUGUUCCUUGAGGAAAAGUCUGGGAGAGCGUUGGACUCAACAGCAAGGACAUUCAGCUUUGGUCGGUUCAUAGGCCGUGAUGGAGCAGCUCAUGUAGGAAUCGAGGUGGAUCCGCACGUCGUCCCCAUAGAUCCUGCUUCCUUCGGUAAGCCGGCAGGGAAGCGUUGGGGAAUAUUCGGCAAACGGAGUGAAGAGACUCCAUUUCACAGCGGGCCCUGGCUCUAG